GGGGCCGCACCGCCAAUGCGCAAUCAAGGCGAGAGCGUCUCCCUGGCCGGAGGCGGUCCUGCUGCGCUGCCCACGCGCUUGCGGACUCUGCAAGAGAAGAAGGGAAGGGGGGGGCGGGGAAAGGUUGUUGGGAGGCGGAUCGCGGGGCCUUCUGUCCUCGCUGCUUGGGAUCCGACAGCGGACCGGCCCAGUCCGGCCAUGAGUUGCCGGGGGCCGCUGCCCAGUGAACGAGGAGCGAGACAGAGGAAGAGGAGACGAAAUGGCACAGAGGAGGAUGGGCCUGUUCCAGAAACUAAACGUGGUAGCCGAAAUGCUGUCUUUCAGGAUUCUUGGGAUACAGAGUCUUCCAGCAGUGAGAGUGGCAGUACCAGCAGCUAUAGCAGCAGCAGCAGCAACAUAAGCAGUCCUGACAGAGCUACUGGGACAGACUCCAGCUUACCCCAGAUAAUGCCAGGAUCAAGUCCCGUGACGCCCCCUCAGUCUUUCCAUGAGCCAUCUGCACUAUGCCAAGGUCCUUACUUCCACAUCAACCAGAUCCUGAAGGAGGCGCACUUCCACAGCUUACAGAACAGGGGCCGUCCCCCAACAUGAUGAGCCUAAGCAGCUCUCUGCCUUCUGUGAAGGGGGACAGCACUGUGUGAUAUUUCAACUUUAAAAAAAAGAAAUUGUUAAAAUUGCACAAAAUGCCUGUUGCCUUUUCAAUCUGUAUUUGGAAUGACAGGUUAACAGGUAGUUGUUUACUUGUGGUUUGCUGCAUCGUUGCAAUGCAAAGGGAGCUUUGGAGUAAUUUUUAUAGGAUUCUUCUGGAGACUGGUUGAAGGUGGAGAGCUGAUGUGUUGGGAUAAGCCUAAGAGUCCACCUCUGUAUUAUAGGAGUGCGUAAUGAGUCCAGUCCGACUUCUCAGUCUGUUUAUUAGUAACCGAUGCUUUAUGUAAAAUCCUUUCCAACACUUGUGUUUAGUUUUAUAAGUUUUUUUUUUAAUUUCAAUAAAUAGUGAAUAUGUUU